GCCCGAUGCUAACCCGCAAAAACCAGAAGAGUAGAAAUAAGAUUCUCCCCCACCAUGGCGACGUGGACGCCACAUUUUCUUAGCAAACACAAAUUUGAGUUCAUCAUAUUCUUCCUUGACGCUUCACGUGUGCCACCCCAGACCGAAGGUGGCGGUAGUGCUUCACGAAGCCCGAUGCUAACCCGCAAAAACCAGAAGAGUAGAAAUAAGAUUCUCCCCCACCAUGGCGACGGGGACGCCACAUUUUCUCAGCAAACACAAAUUUGCGUUCAUCAUAUUCUUCCUGCAUUCCAAUCCGGUUGACGGGCAGCACUUUAUAAUUCCUUUUCAAGAGCCUUCGGAUUGCAGUCCGGAGGAGUUCUUCGACAUUUCCAGUUUGUCGUGCGUGGCCUGCGGUGAAAAUCAACAACGGAGCGCAGCAGGUCUGAGUUGCGUUUGCCAACGUGGCUUCCGCACAGUCACGACUGAGCUGACGUCCAUUUCUUGCGAGGCCUGUCCGGGCGACAAGCCCGCGGUAACUCGAGAUGGUUUCGGGUGCAUCCGCUGCCCGGGCACUGUCAGCGACGAGGGGCAGUGCCAGUGCCCCGCAAGCCACGUCCUCGUGGAGAGAGACGUCCGUGGGAACCUUUUGGAGGAGGCCACGUGUGAGAUGUGCCAUGGAAAUGGAUCGGCAUUGUCAGUGCCAAACAGCAGCGGGGACAGGUGCGAGAGAUGCCAGGCUUCCUUCAUCAAAAGCGGCUGUUUGUGUCAUCCUCCUUCUGCGCCGGCAGGAGGUUUGUGUCUCCCCCCAGGCAGCCUUUCCACAAACGUCAACCCCAGUGUCAACUUUGCUCAGCUGAAGUUCAGCUUGGUGUCCGGCUGGUUCCUCAAAAAUCUCCACUCCUCCGCCGCAGCCUGCCUCAGUUUCUCCAACCUGACGGCGUGCCAGGCCCUGGGCAACAUGUGCGUGAUGAACACGCACUCCCUCAGCGGCGGCGGCGUCGACGCCUGCGGCCUUUUCAACGCCGUCUUCAGAUCUCAGGCGGCUUUUAGCGCCACUCAAGACAAUUCAUAUUGGAGACGUAAUCUACCGUGGCUUUACUACGGCGAUGAACCGGGAUUGGCGAGUCGAGUCCUUCAGACCGACCCGGUCCCAGUGAGCUUCAUUUUUAGAGGAAAAAAACAAAACACGGACAUUAAGCUGCUCGCUGCCGUUUUUAACGUCAGAGGCGAGUUCCUUCGAUGGGAAAACAUCGGAGGAGCCAAUCUUCAAAUUUGUCCGGAAACGCCCAUCAAACGGUCAGCGGCAUUCAGUUUUGGCACCGCUUACCAAGAAACGUGUGAGCUUCCAGUCGCCGAGCUGCUGCUCGCUCAUCCCGAGCCGCUGUUUUACGACGUUUUCCUGGACCUCGGUGGGGAAGAGAGCCGAAAACUUCUGCCUUUGCCCACGUUGGUCCUUAACCAGCAAUAUAACGGAAAGUUCAUCAACCAAGGGAGCCCGACGAACUGGUACCUGUCUCGGCGUAUGUUUCUUGUGGACGCGCUGAGCGGCAGAGAGAAAAGCGCCAGUGUCCUUCCCAAAGUGGUCCGCGUCGCCCACGCCGUCAAAAUAAAGUUCCAGUUGGUUCCGCACACCGAGCAGGGGCAGGUGUUCCCCCCGCUGAUGACUGUGGAGUACAGAGACGUACUGAUCGCCGAUGUCAACGCACAAAGCGUGUCUAUGAGCUUCGCUGUCGAAUAUGAGAUGGAUCAGAAUGAGGCGCGCAUGAAGACGGACACCGCCGUGGGUGUUCUGGCCGGUCUGUCUGUGCUCUUGUCGGUGCUCAGAACGGUGAGCUGGAAGAGGAGGAUCGCCUCACCUGUCGUCGAUUUGAGGACCACGCUGAUGUUUUUCUUGUUUUACGCCGGAGAUCUCGCCAAUGUUUUCCUCGCCGUCACUGUGGGAAGUGGACUCUACUGGCUCAUCCUUUACAAGGCCCAACAGCGGGCGUCGGCGUUGUUGCCGCUCCCUCAUCAAGAGGAGCAGUUUGUGACGUACGUCAGUUGCGCCUUUGCGCUCAAGGCAGUCCAGUUCCUUCACACCCUGAUUGUGCAGUUGUCAGUGGACGUCUUCUUCAUCGACUGGGAAAGGCCACGCAGUAAAGCGAGCAGAAGCGUGUUAGCCACUGGUCCGCAGAAACGGGAUCCCUCCCCUGUCAGCAUCUGGAGGACCUACUUCGUGGCCAACGAGUGGAACGAGAUCCAGACCAUUCGCAAAAUUCGGCCGACUUUUCAGAUCGUGGCCGUGCUCUUCUUUCUCGAAGUGUUGGGUUUCUCGAACUUAGCCCUGAGGGACCCCUGGCCAACGCUGCAGCGCCCCCCACAGGCAUACAGGCCUUCCUACAGCCUGACCCUGCGCUACGGUCUGUCGGCGACUCUCUGGCUCGGCGUCGGACUUGUGCAGGUCAUUUUCUUCACUGUGUUUUAUGAACAUUUUGUGGAAGACAAAAUCCGCCAGUUUGUGGAUCUGUGCUCCGUCAGUAACAUCUCCGUGCUGCUCUUACCUCAGCGCUGUUUCGGCUACUACAUCCACGGACGCUCCGUGCACGGCCACGCCGACACAAACAUGGAGGAAAUGAACAGCAACCUGAAGAGAGAAGCUGAGUCGCUGUGCGGCCAACGAGGUCUCCUUCCCAACACGGACAUGCAGACUUUCCAGGUGGCGCUUUCCAGCCGACUGCGCUCGCAUUACGACAGGAUACGGGACUCCUUCACCAGGCGGCACGGACCGUCGAGACUCGUGGACGCGGCCUCGUUCAACCAGACGGAGCAGAACAUCCGGGCCUACCACACCAUGAACCACUUCCUGGGAUCGGUCAUAGAUCACGUCCACCCUGACAUGGACUACAUUGUGAGGGACAAACUGGCAUUGGAGAGGCUCAUGGGCAUGGAGUUCCUGGAACCCAACGACAAGAGCAUCUUUUAUAACGAUGAAGGUCACUCCUUCGGUGAAGUCCUUUUUUAUGGAAAUGAGGCCACGCUGCUGAUUUUUGACACGCUCUUCUUCUGCGUGGUCGAUCUCACUUCUCAGAACUUCACACUGGCCGCCGUCCUGACAUACGUACAGCAAAUGAUCUUUGAAAGGAUUCGCAUUUUUUUCGGAAGGAGAAACCUGGUCAACAAAACUCUGGUGGAUGACAGAUUUCUGAUAUGAUCAUUCAUUGUGCACAGAUUGUUCAACUGUUAUUUAUGGUAGAUUCUCACGUCGCUGUAUUUGCAAUUGACUUUUUGACAUGUCUGUUCCCUGAUGUGUAUAGAUUUCCCUGAUAAGUAUAUUUGUACAGAUUAAAUCAUUUUUGUAUCAAUUCAAAUUUUUCUUCUAUUCGUUCAUUUUCUGAGACCCCGGUCGAGAGGUGGGGAGCACGUAUAAACAAACGAUCACAACGUAAGCGAAGCUACAGCAACAUCUUACUUUUUUUUUUAUGGACAAACUCUGAUAUAUUUUUACAAUAUUUCUCACUU